UGUGUCGGCAUUUGAACCCGGCGAAGGGACGGUGCGCCGGGCCUGGGGUCUUGGCCUGUGACCGCUGACCGGGCUACGAUGAAGCCGAUCGGUCGGUCUAUCCGCCUGGCGUGUUGACGUUGGCUACAGAGCGCAGCUUCAGUCUGAUCACGGAGCAAAGCCGAAGGAACAGCACUGAACAGGUACGGAGGCGGUGACUUGGACUCAGCUGACAGACGUGUCAAAAACGACUUAAGGAAUAGCAGCAGCGAUGCUCGGAACAGCAACUUGGCUCUGUUGGCCAUAAACAGCCGGAGGACCAAAGCACUUGACAUCCAGAAAAUCGUUGAUGCUUUCACCACCAAUCACAACAACAGACAGAUUGUGCUUCUCUGAAAACAUUAAUGGUUUUGACAAACAGACAUGGCCAGUGAUCAAUCUUACCGAAGAGGAAGUUUUAAUAGCUACCAGAGCAACACAAGUGAUGAAGAUAUGGUGGAGAUCGCAGGAGCACCUCUGGACUUUUCUUUGGCAGAUGAUGUUCCUCCACUGGAUAGGGAACCACAGAAAGAGUACACGGUCUAUAAUGGAGCAGGAAUGAAUGGUGCAAGUAAGAUGAUGGAUUUUUUUGAUGAACCACUUCCUGGUGUGGGAACAUAUGAAGAUUUCAAUACAAUCGAUUGGGUCCGUGAGAAAUCCAGGGACAGAGACAGACACAGAGAGAUUGCAAGCAAAAGUAAGGAAUCAUUCUUUGCACUUAUUAAGGGUUUGGGAGAUGCUUUCUCCGGAUGGUUGGUAAUGCUUCUAGUUGGGCUUAUGUCAGGUGCCAUUGCUGGUUUGAUAGAUAUGGCUUCUCAUUGGAUGACAGAUCUCAAAGAAGGGGUCUGUUUAGUGGGAUUCUGGUACAAUCAUGAACAUUGUUGUUGGACAUCCGAUGAGAUCACUUUUGAACAGAGGGAUAAAUGUCCGGAAUGGAAGUCUUGGUCCGAACUGUUCCUUGACCAAUCUGAAGGUGCUGGUGCGUAUAUAUUGAAUUACUUCUUGUAUGUCAGUUGGGCCCUAGUUUUCGCUUUCCUGGCAGUGUCUUUGGUGCGAGUAUUUGCACCUUAUGCCUGUGGUUCUGGAAUUCCAGAGAUUAAAACCAUAUUAAGUGGUUUUAUCAUUAGGGGCUACCUAGGAAAAUGGACCUUAAUUAUUAAAACCAUCACCCUAGUUUUGGCUGUAUCUUCAGGCCUCAGUCUUGGGAAGGAAGGUCCUCUUGUACACGUGGCCUGCUGCUGUGGCAAUAUUGUUUGUCAUCUCUUUACAAAAUAUCAGAAAAAUGAAGCCAAGCGGAGAGAAGUACUAUCAGCAGCUGCUGCAGCAGGUGUAUCAGUAGCUUUUGGUGCCCCCAUUGGAGGAGUUUUAUUUAGCCUCGAAGAGGUCAGCUAUUACUUCCCUCUGAAGACUUUAUGGAGGUCAUUUUUUGCUGCUCUGGUUGCAGCCUUCACAUUACGGUCAAUAAAUCCAUUUCGUAAUAGUCGCCUUGUGCUAUUCUUCGUAGAAUUCCACAGUCCUUGGCAUUUGUUGGAAUUAUUCCCAUUUAUUCUUUUGGGAAUCUUUGGAGGACUGUGGGGAGCUUUUUUUAUACGUGCUAAUAUUGCCUGGUGCAAAAAGCGCAAGACCACUGUGUUGGGGAAGUACCCAGUUCUUGAGGUCCUUGUUGUGACAGCCAUCACAGGUAUCAUAGCUUUUCCUAAUGAAUAUACCAGAAUGAGUACCAGUGGGCUCAUUUCAGAAUUAUUCAAUGACUGUGGACUUCUGGACUCUUCACCACUAUGUGAUUAUAUUAAUGAUGCCAACAGUACCAAAACACUCGAUGACUUACCAGAUCGUGCGGCAGGUAAAGGUGUCUACAUGACAAUUUGGCAGCUGGCUCUCGCAUUGGUGUUUAAAAUCUUUAUCACAAUAUUCACAUUUGGUAUGAAGGUUCCUUCAGGACUUUUUAUACCAAGCAUGGCAGUUGGUGCUAUAACUGGAAGACUUCUAGGAGUGGGAAUGGAGCAACUGGCCUACUAUCACCAUGACUGGGUCAUCUUUAAAGGCUGGUGUAGUCCUGGAGCUGACUGUAUCACUCCUGGAUUGUAUGCCAUGGUUGGUGCUGCCGCGUGUCUAGGUGGCGUGACCAGGAUGACGGUAUCAUUAGUAGUUAUCAUGUUUGAACUAACGGGUGGACUGGAAUAUAUUGUCCCAUUAAUGGCUGCCGUAAUGACCAGUAAAUGGGUGUCUGAUGCAGUUGGACGAGAGGGCAUAUAUGAAGCACAUAUUCGACUGAACGGUUAUCCAUUCCUGGAGGCAAAGGAAGAAUUUACUCAUAAGACAUUGGCAAUGGAUGUUAUGAGACCUCGGCGUAAUGACUCUCCUCUGACAAGUCUCACUCAGGAUGGUAUGAAGGUAGAAGACGUGGAGGCAAUUAUUAAUGAAACCACCUAUAGUGGAUUCCCUGUAAUAGUAUCAAAGGAAUCCCAGCGACUUGUUGGUUUUGUCCUGAGAAGAGACUUAAUAAUUUCAAUUGAAAAUGGAAGGAAACGACAAGAUGGGGUUGUAAGCACGUCCAAUAUUUAUUUUACUGAACACUCUCCUGUGCAACUUCCAAACAGCCCUGCUGCACUCCAACUUCGUGCCAUACUGGAUUUGAGUCCAUUUACAGUCACAGACCAUACACCUAUGGAAAUUGUAGUUGACAUAUUCCGCAAACUGGGCUUAAGACAGUGUCUUGUUACCCACAAUGGGCGACUCCUAGGUAUUAUCACCAAAAAAGAUAUAUUGAAGCACAUUGCUCAGAUGGCCAACCAAGACCCUGACUCCAUUAUGUUUAAUUAAAAUAGAGCUCUAUUCAUACUAAUAGAUAUUACAGAGAGAAUAUUUUUAUUCAUGGUAACAUGCUAUGACUGGUUUUUGCAUCUUACCUUAAUCUCCUUAUGAAGAGGGAUAGCCAUACCACAAUAGAUAAACACCUGACUUUCAAUUGCACUACGUGAUCUAUAGAAAUUGUCUGAAGUUUUUCUUUGAUCAGCACUGUGGAAGUAUGUGGUGAUUGAAUGGAGAAAUAGAUUGUGUUUACUAGUUCAAUUUUUUAUUAAAUGUGUUGUAGCAGUGGUAACAUUAAGCACAAGGUUUAUAAAUUAUUUGGGCUUUACCAGCAGAUAACCAAAAUGAUGAAUCUUUGGACCUUGAGAUUAGAAUACCUCAACUUUGGUAUUGUAAUGAAGUAUGAAUUUGAUGCCCUGUACUGUGAGAUUAAUGGAACCCAUUUAUCCCCUGAAGUUUUCUUUACCACAAGUAAUUUUUAAGUUGUAUUUAAAAGAAUUCUGAGUAAAAUAGUUCAUUUUUGUUUCACCGUCCCUCUCCUCCAAUACAGAGUGGAGUAGAUCAUUCAUGCCAGCAGCUAUGUGGUAUCCACAUGUCAUCUAUCUUUACUCUAACAUAAAUGUUUACAUGACUACAAAAUAGUAUAGUAUCAAGUUAUAUAGCUAAAAUCAGAUAAAUUAAUCUUCCGGGUGUUAUAUGAAUACAUGGAAAAUUUCUCAAAUAAUCUUCAUUAAAAUGGAUCACUCUACUAGUUCUAGGGGGCUGAUUUGUAUGUGUGAAAAAUAUCACAUAUCGACAUGGAUAUUACAGAUUUUUUUUGGUUUGGAAGAAAGCAGCACUUUGUUGUGUAACUCAUGGAGUGGGUUAUCACAUCUGUAUUUUCUUUUUUACCCAAAGUGAUGCUCUACUACUAAGUAUAUGUGAAAUGUGAUGGUUCGUCAUUGAGCCAGAUCUCAGUGAUGUCUUCUGCAGGUCAAUCCAUUUUUAUUUAUUUGAAACCAUGGUGUAUGGGUGUAUGACACAGAAUUUGUACAUGUAGAAUAUUUCUGACAUAUUGAGAAUGCACAUUGCCUCAGGACAUUCCAAUUGUAUGGGAAGUAUGGUUAAAAACUCGUGUCUGCAAAUUGGUUGACAAUUGUAAAGGCGCUAUAGCAGCCUGUGGCUGGCUUUAUCCCGCAAGUGUAGCUGAGAGUUUUUAUUAAACUGGGAGAAAUUAAAGAUGUUUUCCAUCCAUCUUAUAUUGAACAGAGCUUUGUCAAUAUCUUUGUAUCUGCCAGAUCGCUAGUCAUUUCUUCACGUAUCAAAUUUGAUGGAAAUAGAUGUUUUCAGAAUAAUUGAUAAAAAUUUAACAAGCUAUGUUACAAAAAAUGAUUUUAUAUUUUCUAGCUAUCACUACAGUUUCAUAAAUGUUUUGCAUAAUUCUAGUUGUAUAUGUAUUAUAAGAAUGAAUUCUGAAGUAAAUCUUGUCACUUGCACAUCACUGUGAAGCACAAUAGACAGAUCUGGUUAUGGUGCUGAGUUCAUACCCAGAGUAUCUUCAAAUGCAAUGAAUCAUAAAUCAAUUAUCUAUGCAUCUGGUGUGAUCUUCUCUCUGUUUCUCAGUAGGGCAGCUGAAACCCGAGCUCUGGGUUAUAAUCAAACUUUGAAAUAUUUAUACUACUAAGCUGAUAAUGUCAUUUUUCAAUCUGUCUGGUUAUCAUUGGAAGUUGCUUUUAAAUAUUUUCUAUGUACAAAUUACAAAUUGAAGGAAGCUAGAAGUAAGAUUGGGAAGAUUUCUGAGGAAUAUGGGAAGGGAGGACAGAAGGCAGAGUGUAAAUCAAUCAGUCACAAUUUGGCAUGAGCAUAGAGUAAGGCCAUCCAUGAUUUGGCAGUAAUUGUUCAAAUUGUUACUUCAGAGGCCAUCAAGACUUUUGGUGGAUGAAUUAGAAGUACUAUUUUGCUGCAGUAAAGCUGACCAAAGUUUAGCUUGGCAUGUGUUUCUGGGGAUUCUAAAUCGCAAGAAGGUGAGAAGCCACGUACAGAAAUAGGUGUCUUAAUGGAAUGGUGUCACUGUACAGGUAUAAAUUUAAACCUGAUGUUGAAAUUCUAUGAAGAUUAUUUUACAUAAGAAAUGAGUUGCAAAUGGAGAUUAUUUUUCUCCAUUACAGUGCAAGUCUAAAUCUCCCUGAACCUUGAAGUGUUAGGUUUUGUACAGUGAUGGUACUAUGCCAGCGUUGAUACAUCAUGGAUUCAAUCCCCAUUCUAGAGGUUCAAGAUAGACCUUGUCUGGAAUUUUAGUGUCAAUACUAUGGGAAUUCUGUGCUAUUGUAGAGCUCAUCAUUUGGAUGAGGUAUUAAACUGAGGCUUAGUCUGUUGUGCAAUAUUUACAUCCAAAGAAGAGCUGCUGUCUAGGCCAAAAUUGUCCCUCAACUAAAAAUCUGUGAAAAUGAUUUUCAAGCUAUUAACCUAUUGCUGUUAUGCUCCCUGACUUUGCUAAGAUUGGUUGCCAUCUUUAAACAAUAAUUUUUUUUUUUAAAUCCUCAUUGCAACACAUGUACAGAUGUUGAAAGGCACAAUAUAAAGCACACUUUCCUUUAAAUCUGCAAUCUAGUGUCUUAGCAGGAAUUUACCAGUCACUAAUUUGGGUAUCUAACUAGACCUUGAAUCCCCACUCCUUGCAACAGGAGUCUUGUUUCUGGUCUAUAUGUAUCUCUAGCCCAGUAAGUCAAUAAUUCAACAGGUAGGAAAAAACGUUUGACUUUUGUGCACAAUUUAUUCACAUCUAGCUAAUUGAAAUGACCUAAUGAUUGUUCACUCUGUUUUGAAUAGACUUUUACUCUCUGUACUCCUUACAGUUUAGAUUAUAAAUCUCAAGUAUUCAAAUUGACAGUUCUUUAAAAAAAAAAAUCACCAUUGUAAUCUUUGCCAUUGAAAAAGAAUUUGGACAUAAUUCUAGAGUUUAAAUAUACCUACAAUUAUUCUUUUGGUCAGCGAGAUAACUAUUGCAUUCUGAAAGCCAGAUUUGGCUUUUACUAUGACAAUUACAUUUCAGAAAGCAAAAAUAAAUUCAAAUGUUUUAGUGGUAGGUGGUGGUAUUUAGUUAUCUAGCCCAAGUUAGUAAAUUGUUUUUCAGCACCACAAGUUAACCCCAAAACUGGUAACAAUGUACCAUAGUUACUAUAUGCAUCAAUUGGAAAUGAUCAUAUCACAAUUUACAAUGUAUUUAAGAUUAAAUAAAAAGGUAAUGUAUUGGCAUUGCUGACUGAUCUCAGAAGACUCAUAUGAUAAUAGUUAACAUUGCUCGACUGAAAUAAUUUAUUAUGUCAUUUUCACCUUUUCAAAUCAAAUAUGUAAUUUCUUGUACUGGAUACAUAACUGA